AUGGCCUCCAGCAUCCUGACUGUCUUCCUGGCCGCCCUGCAGGCCUCGGUCGCCGUUCUGCUGACCAUCUUCUACGGCGCAGUUGCUGGCAAUUUCAACCUCAUCUCCGAAAGCUCCGCCAAAGACAUCUCCAAGACAUGCGUGCGCCUGUUCCUGCCCGCCCUGCUGAUCCACAAUGUUGGCUCGCAGCUCAGUCUCGAUAGCGGCGCCAAAUACAUCCCCAUCCUCCUCUUCGCCAUUGUGUACAACGUCAUCUCAAUUGCUCUUGGCGUGCUGUGCACCCGCAUCUUCAAGUUCCCCGCGUGGGUGACGCCGGCAAUUGCCUUCAACAACACCACAUCCCUGCCGCUCUUGCUCGUCCAGUCCCUCAGCGCCACCGGCGUGCUCUCGGCCCUUGACGGCUCCGACGACGUCGUUGACCGCGCAAAGUCGUACUUCCUUGUCAAUGCCAUCGUCAGCAACUCGUUGACCUUCGCACUCGGCCCCCGCCUGCUCAAUGGCCAAGAAGAGGACGCUCCUGAACAAGGGAACGACGGCAAAGACGACGAAGACGAUGCCAGUGAUGACGAGAAUGGCGCCGACGACGUCGAAGACGGUCGCUUCAAGCCAGCCCAGCAGCAUCCUGCCGCCGUGUCAUCGUCCGACAACGACAGCGACGACAGCGACAACAACAACAACGGUGAGCAAGCCACCGAAGAUACAUCGCUCCUACCCGACUCCGUCACGCGCAGGGGCAACAAGGCCGGCCGCAAGGCCUACAGGCGCGGCGCCCACGAGCUCUCCAAGCUCCCCCCGUGGGCGCGCUCGGCCCUCAGCUUCGUCUACCAGUUCGCCAACGCGCCCGUCAUCGGCGCGCUGCUGGGCUGCCUCAUCGGCCUCACGCCCGCGCUGCACCGGCUCUUCUUCUCCGCGCCCGACGCCGGCGGCUACUUCAAGGCGUGGCUGACGUCGUCGCUCAAGAACGUCGGCGACCUGUUCGCCGCGCUGCAGGUCGUCGUCGUCGGCGUCAAGCUCUGCGCCAGCCUGCGCAAGCAAAAGGCCGGCCAGGAGAGCGGCCACGUGCCGUGGCUGCCGUUCGCCAUCAUCACCUUCGUCAGAUAUGUGCUGUGGCCGCUGAUUUCCAUCCCGCUCGUGUGGGCCCUGGCCACCCGCACCAACGUCCUCGACGAGGAUCCCAUCUUGUGGUUUGCCAUGAUGCUGAUGCCGGCGGGGCCGCCGGCGCUGAAGCUGACGGCCUUGGCCGAUGUGAACGGGAGUGAUGAGAGGGAGAAGAUGUCGAUUGCGAAGUUUUUGACGCUCUCGUAUGUCAUCUCGCCUCUCAUAUGCUUCUCUGUCGUUGGUAGCUUGAAGGCUUCGGAAGCCGCUGUCGGAAGGUAG